AAACCCAGAAAAAAUUACGGUGAAAGGUAAAAGGGCAUUGGAAUGGUCCCGGCAGAAUGCAGAUACGGAGGCCAGGCCUUGGACUCAGGGCUGAUUACUGGAAAUCCCAGGGAAGAAAAUUCUGCGACUUCUGCAAAUGCUGGAUCGCAGACAACAAGCCGAGCAUUCAGUUUCAUGAGGGUGGUAAAAAGCACAAGGAAAAUGUCACCAAGAGGUUGAAGGAGAUCCAUAAGAACAGUGCGAAACAAGCGAAGCAGACGAGGAAAUUUGAGAAUGAUCUCAAAAAUAUGGAGAGUGCCGCCAUGGCAGCUUACCUUAAGGACGUCGAGAGUAACACGACGGAUCUGACAGCACAACAGAUUAUCCGGGAUAAGAGGGAGAGGACUGAAGCCCCCACCACGCCAGAUAAUCCUAAUCAGAUGCCGGAGGCCUCGGCGGCUACGAAUCCUCGUCACAAGAGGCCUCAAGGACUUCCAGCGGAUAUCGAUUACUGCGACCCAACGACAUUCCAUCGGUCUAGGGUUCAGCAGGUAAGUAUAUCGAGUCCUUCGAGUGACAACCCAAGUGAGAACAAGACUCCAGGGAAGGCAAAGCCCAGCAGGGAAAAGCGGCGAGGUAAGAGGGAUCCAGCGGGGGAGAAAUUCGCCAAGCAUCUUGUUCGAAAACUUUGGUACGAGGCGCACAGUCCCGAAGGAUACACUUACUACUGGCACACGGAGACCAAUGAGACCACGUGGGAGGCACCUGAGGAGGGGUUUAUGACGAUUGCUGAGCAGGAGGAGGAGGCGAAGGAGCAGGCACUGCAGGAGGAGCUGUUGCAGCAGCUCGAGGACGAAGAGGCUAAGGCUAGAGUCGAUAUUAUCGAGGAGCAGAGGGCUAAUGCAGAACGAGAGCGGUUGAAAGAGCUGAGGAAACAAACGAGGGAGAAUGAGGGUAGUGAGGAUAAAGAUGGGGUGAGGGCGAGUGGAGAGGAGAUCCCUUACAGGAGGGACUACAGUGUUCCUGAUAAGGUCGAUCCCUAUGGACCCUGGCAGACUGUUGAAGUCAUUCCGAAAAAAGUUGUCGAUCUGCAGUUGCCGCACAAGAGGGAGGCGCAGGUGCCGAAGCCUCAGGAGUCCGAGCCCUUUGUACCUCAGAGAACUUUCAAGGAAAAAACAGUGACUCAAGUGAGAACUGGUGAUAGUGACGAUGAGAGCCCUGGUGUCAGUUUCAAAAAGAGAAAAUUUGGGAAUCGGAAUGUGAGGAAAAGACUGGAGGAUGAUUGAGUUUUUUAUGAAUCAAUCGGUUUUAUUUACAUGGUAUGUGAGAUUGUGGAAAUAAAAGUGUAUUCUUUCGGAGUUUUAUCCGGAGAGAGAGGCAA